CAAUUCUUGUGCAUGGUUCCUGGAUAGAAUUGGUGUCAAGAUGGUGCUGGGGAACAGAUUAGCGGCCUUAUGCUUCGCCUUACUAAUAGGCUUGGUAUGCGAGUGUGUCUCCGAUGGUUUAAACGGAUUUUCUGAAAAGGACGGCGGUUUUUACACCGACGAUGCGGUGGUUUUAAAUGCUCCCGCGAGUCGGGUGAAACGCGACCUCACAAACAGCACUCGCAGCGGAAAACAACUUAUUUUGCUGAGACAGGUGCAACCCGAAGGAGCGUUCGGGCUGGACUGCGAGACGACGCUCGGCAAACAGGGCACAUGCAAGAGCUUCCACGACUGCUAUCCGCUGCUGAAGGUGGCCGACUUGUCGGGCUCCAACGGCUGGGUCAUGGGCCACUACGAUACCUGCAGUUACAUCAGCGCUGACAACAUGGAGGUGUUCGGCGUUUGUUGCACGGAGCCGGUGGGCACGCCGCCGCAGCAAGAACCUGACGUCCAGCGACUGGGCAUGCUGCCCCAGGUCGUGCCAGCGCAGGGACCGCCACUAGCUUAUCAAGCGUUCCCGGGCCACCUAGCAGCCUUCUCGCCCCAAUGGCAGUUCGGAACCAACAUGCGUCAGAUUCCCGCGCAGUGGCCGCCGACCAUCCCGCCGCUGCCCACGCACCCGCCAGACCACGCCGCACCUACCCACCCUCCUUCACUAGUGGCCGGAGGAGGAACCACCCGACCCCCAACACAAACUACCUGGGGCACAAGACCGCCUUCUUCUACCCCAUCGACGACUAAACAGUCCUGGCCUCCAGCGUUCCCCACGCAGCCCACCAGACCUACGAAUCCUACGACUGCGCCUGCGGCCGACGGUACUUGUGGCGUUAAAAACGGAUACCGGACGUACGAAGCCUUCCUAGACGAAGAACGCAUUGUGGGUGGUCACAGCGCCGACUUGAACGAGUGGCCCUGGAUCGUCGCCCUGUUCAACGGCGGACGGCAGUUCUGUGGAGGCUCGCUGAUCGACGACCGACACGUGCUAUCGGCGGCUCACUGUGUGGCCCACAUGACCUCAUGGGACGUGGCACGUUUAACGGCGAGAAUAGCCGAUCAUAACAUCCACACCAACACUGAUACUCAGCACAUCGAGAGGAAGAUCAAGCGAGUAGUGCGGCACCGUGGGUUCGACAUGCGCACUUUGUACAACGACGUCGCCAUUCUGACCUUGGAUCAACCAGUGCCCUUCACAAGGAACAGCAAGCCCAUUUGCCUUCCGUCAAGCAGCCGCGCAUACUCCGGUCAAAUUGGAACGGUUAUUGGAUGGGGCAGUUUGCGAGAAGCUGGUCCGCAACCCUCAGUUCUUCAAGAGGUCUCAAUCCCCAUUUGGACCAACCAGGAGUGCAGGCUCAAGUACGGCGCCGCUGCUCCAGGAGGCAUUGUCGACCACAUGCUUUGCGCUGGUAAAGCCAGUAUGGACUCUUGCAGUGGUGACAGCGGAGGCCCCCUGAUGGUGAACGAGGGCGGGCGCUGGACACAGGUGGGCGUGGUAUCGUGGGGCAUCGGCUGCGGCAAGGGCCACUACCCCGGUGUCUACACGCGGGUCACCGCCUUCCUGCCGUGGAUACAGAAGAACUCCAAGUAGUUAGUUCAAAUCUGCCAGAGGUCGCCACAGUAAAAUGUAGAAUAACAUUUUGUCACUAUUGACUAGAUAAAUUGUUUGGAAAGUUUGUAGACUAUAAAAUCGUCGAAGUUGUAUUCGAUGGCAAACUUGUUUGACACAUAAAUAUCAUGUAUUCUCAAGUGUAUUCUUGACAAGCAGUGGCGCAAUCUGUGACGAGCUUCUAUUUCGUAAUCUUAACUAUUAUAAAAGGUUAGGUUCUUGCGUUUUUAACCGCCUACUCAUUUGAUUUUGCAGAUUUUCAUUUGGAUAUCGGGAUUAUCAAUUGUUUUGAGAAAGACAACCGAAAUCUUGCCUUUCUUAAUAAAUUGAUAUGGUAUUAUGUAUAAUGUAGUGUUUCAGGGUAAAGCAACCCUAGCGCAUUUAAUUUGUGGAAAUUGUGCCAAUUUUGUAUGUUAUAAUUUAGAUAAUAAAUAAUUUUAGAUAUUUU